CAAAAAAAUAAAACAACCAAUUGAUUAUGGAAUGAAAGUUAAUCUCUUCUUGCUUCGGAUCAUAUAAAUUACUUUUUUUUAAUACCGAGCUCUUCAUCUUACGUUUUUCGAUUCUCUAUCGUUUAGGGUUAAUUAAUAAAAUUAGGUCUCCAUUAAAAUCUGGAUUUUACUUAUUGACAUGGAAUGCAACAAGGAUGAAGCUACAAGAGCAAUGGAUAUUGCUAAGAGGAAAGUUACAGAACAUAAUUACAACGAGGCGAAGAAAUUUGCUAACAAGGCUCAAAAGUUAUAUCCACAGCUUGAUGGUUUGAAACAAGUGUCUAAGUUGAUCGAUGUGUAUAUCUCGGCAGGAAACAAAAUCAGCGGAGGAGAGUUUGAUUGGUAUGGAAUUCUUGGUGUUGAUCCAUUGGCUGAUAAGGAAUCACUGAAGAAACAAUACAAGAAGUUAGCUCUUUUGCUUCAUCCUGAUAAGAAUAGUUGUGAAGGCGCUGAAGGUGCGUUUAAGCUGGUUUUAGCCGCUUGGUCUUUAUUAUCAGAUAAUAUUAAGAGAACUGCUUAUGAUCAGAGGAGGAAGUCGAAAGAAGUUAAACAGACACAGCCACCAAAUCAGCAGAAUCAGACACCAAACCAGCAGAAGCAACCACCAAACCAGCCGAAACAGCCACCGAACCAGCAGAAACAACCACCAAACCAGCCGAAACAGCCACCAAACCCGCCACCGAAACAACCACCAAACCAACAGAAUCAUACACCAAACCAGCAGAAACAACCAUCAAACCAGCCGAAACAGCCACCAAACCAACAUAAACAACCAACAAACCAGCCAAAACAGUCACCAAACCAGCCAAAACAACCAGAGAACCAGCAGAAACAACAAUCAAACCAACAAACACAAUCACCAAACCAGAAACAACAACCAUCAAACCAGAAGCAACAACCACCAAACCAGCCAAGUUCUAAUGGAUUUCGAAAUGGUUCAGCUACAAGCAAUAAGCCCACUUGUAAGGACAGUACCCUUAGGCCAAUGUGCCACAAAUGCAGGACACAAUAUGUGUAUGUGAGGUUUUAUGACUUUAACAAGACCAAGCUUUGUCGAACUUGCCUUGGGAAUUUUAUGGCAACUGAGAAAAAGAAAACACCCCAAGCAACAAACAAGAACACAAAUGGUUCUUCUUCAACAACUUCAGCAUCUGAUAGCACAAAGGCUGCAAAUCAAGGACAAGAAAGAGUGAAAACAUGGUUUGAGGAGUACCGGGAAAAGCUUGCUGCUGCUGUUGCUAGAGGAAAUGCAAACUCUACUACACAUGAAGCAGACAGACUUUCCAAGAAACCGAUGAAAAAAUCUACUUUUGAAGAGGAAAGGCUUUACAAGAAUACGAAGACAAGUGGAGAUGCAAACUCUACUCAUGAAGCAGAGAGGCUUUUCAAGAACCCGAUGACAAGUGGACAUGGAAACUCUACUCAUGAAGCAGAGAGGCUUUUCAAGAACCCGAUGACAAGUGGACAUGGAAACUCUACUCAUGAAGCAGAGAGGCUUUUCAAGAACCCGAUGACAAGUGGACAUGGAAACUCUACUCAUGAAGCAGAGAGGCUUUUCAAGAACCCAAUGAAAACAGGAAAUGCAAACUCUACUCAGGAAGCAGAGAGGCUUUUCAAGAACCCAAUGAAAACAGGAAAUGCAAACUCUACUCAGGAAGCAGACAGGCUUUUCAAGAACCCGAUGACGAACGUGAAAUAAGAAGACAUCACAAGUUGAUUUUUUUUUUUUUUUUUUUAAUCUUUCCGGGAAUUUUUUUGUAAUCUUUGUAAUUAGAGAAGGUAAUUAAUCAAAGUGGCUCCACUAAUCACCAAUUACAGUAUGUCACGUUUCCAAGCUGAAAAAUAAUGAAAUUGACAUGCCAAGACAAGUUUAUACAAGGAAGAAUAAGAAUGUUCUGUCCUUGGCACGUGAGAAGAACUUGUAGGAAACAGAAGAAAAUUACAAGUCACAUAAAAUGAGGUAAUGUUUACGUAAAUUAGAUCAGAAUCACGAAUUGAAAUCUCCAUUAUUAUAAGCGUGAUAUAUCUCUGUUAUUACUCUGUUUCAUCUUCUAUUUGUUUGUUGUUUUAAUUAAAUUUUGCAGUAGUGACUUCACAUCUAUCUUGUACACUAGGAAAAUACUUGUGUUUAAGAAUUUAAUUUGGUUUUU